GGCCACAUUUUCCGGUAACUCCUCAACUUCUGCAUGAAAAAUGUCGGCGUCCAUAUGCCAGGCAUGCCAUGUCGCUUGUUGUGCAAACGGCACUCCAAAUGUUGUUUCUUGGGGUCACGGGGGGAUCAUUGCUUUCGGCACGUGCAGCUCGGUCGCUCUUUACGACCCAAAGGAGAAAAGUGUCGUGUGCAUGCUGAAUGGACACACAGGCAGAGUGAAUGCUCUUCAAUGGGUUCACAGCAACAAACAAAGUGCUCCGGAGUGUCACCUCGUAUCGGGAGGCUCGGAUAAUCUGCUCAUUCUUUGGGAGGCUCGAGAUGAAAAGUUUGCCAAGUUGAUGGAGCUGAAGGGUCACACGGAGGCCGUGUGUGCGGUGGAUGCCGUCUACAUGGAUUCAGACAUCCUCGUUGCCUCCUCUGCAUCCGACUCCUCAGUUAAAUUGUGGCUCUGCAAUGACCGGAAAGAAGCUAAGUGCCUCCAUAGUGUGUCUUUUGGCAGCGGUUUUGUGACGGACGUUUCUUUGGCUGUGUUACCAGCCACUACAGUUCCCAUAUUGGCUUGUGGAGGCGACGACUCCCAGGUGUAUCUGUACCUGCUGCGCGGUGAGCGGCUCCAGAAGGCCAUGACACUGAAAGGACAUGAAGACUGGGUUCGGGGAGUAGAGUGGGUGUCAACACGUGGGGAGCUGUUAUUGGCCAGCUGUUCACAGGACUCUCUCAUCAGAGUGUGGAGGCUGACUGCCAAGUCCAGCACAGACACCCCCACAGAGGACGAUCACGCCAUCAUCAAAAUGAAAGAAGACGUUUUUGAAGUCGACGAUGAAGGGACUUCUUCAGUGUUUUCUGUGUCCCUUGAAACCGUCCUGGCAGGACAUGAGAACUGGGUGUGUGGAGUCCACUGGCAGCCUCCUGUUUACAAAGAUGACGAGCUGCAACAAUCGGCCCGGCUCCUCUCUGCCUCUAUGGACAAAACCAUGAUCAUCUGGGCUCCUGAAGAUGGAUCAGGCGUCUGGGUUGAGCAGGUGCGAGUAGGGGAGGUGGGCGGAAACACUCUGGGCUUCUACGGUUGCCAGAUGAGUCCUGAUGGAUCUAUGAUUGUGGCUCAUGCUUUUCACGGAGCGCUACAUCUCUGGUGUAAAGAUCCCAACAAAGAGGACUGGAGACCAGGAGUCGUUAUAUCAGGUCACUUCAAAGCGGUUCAAGACCUGAGCUGGGAUCCUGAGGGGGAGUACAUCCUGAGUGUGGGAUCAGACCAGACAACCAGACUGUUUACUCCCUGGAAGAAGCAAGGCAACAAACAGGUGACCUGGCACGAAAUCUCACGCCCGCAGAUCCACGGAUAUGACAUGCAGUGUCUGGCCAUGGUGGGACGGUUUCAGUUUGUGUCGGGUGCUGAUGAGAAAGUCCUCAGAGUUUUCCAGGCACCUCGUAAUUUUGUGGAGAACUUUGCAAAUAUCACAGGCACUUCCAAAGAGAAGCUGCUGGUCUCCAGUGACUCUGUAAACCUCCCUGAAGGGGCGAGCACACCUGCUUUAGGCCUGUCCAACAAGGCCGUAUUCCAAGGUGAUCGUGUCCCAAAAUCCACGGAAGAAAAGCAGUUCAACAGUAUAUCUGACCAGUAUCAGGAGUCCUACUUCCACCCACUCAUCCUGACUGAGCCCCCACCUGAGGAUCAUCUUCUGCAAAAUACUCUUUGGCCUGAGAUCCAAAAAUUGUACGGCCACGGCUUUGAGAUAUUCUGCCUGGCAUCCGACAGUACCGGGACGCUGGUGGCAUCCGCAUGCAAGGCAUCUAAAGCUGAGCAUGCUGCAGUGAUCCUAUGGAGUACAAGCACAUGGCGUCAACUGCAGAUGCUGCCGUAUCACACUCUCACAGUUACCCAGAUGGCUUUCUCGCCUGACGCUCAGCUCCUGUUGGCAGUUUCCCGAGACCGCACCUGGUCCUUGUGGAGGCGGAGCCAAGAAAGUACAGAGCCUCCCUUCUCAAUGUAUGCACACACAGGAAAGGAGACAGCCAUGCACACGCGAAUCAUCUGGUCAUGUGACUGGAGCCCAGACAGCAAAUACUUUGUGACAUCAAGUCGAGACAAGAGGGUGAUCGUGUGGGGUCCCUGCAGACGGGACGGCUCUGAGGAAAUGGCGCCUCCUGCAGACAUCAGGCCAUGUUCCUCAAUCUUGGAUGUGGGCAAUUCUGCCACUGCAGUAGCUUUCUGCCCUGAACUCUGCUCUGAUAACAGCUAUCUGCUUGCCGUUGGCCUGGAUUGUGGACAGAUCCUGCUGUACAGGUGGAGCCCUAACCAAAAGGAAUCUGGAGGAGACGACUGGAUCAGCUGUGGAGGAACAAACGCAUCGCAGAGCCACACGUUGGCGGUCAAACGGCUCCGCUGGAGGCCCAAGGCCGGUCGAGCAGGUACACAGAUCAGCGACGAGGAUGCAGAGGGUGACAGAGAAAGGGAACUUGAAGAGAGCUCCUGGGUCCAGUUUGCCAGCGCCAGUGACGACCACGCUGUCAAAAUCUUCAGCAUCAACAAACUGACUCUCUAACACCACGAACACUGACUUCAUUAUGUCUUUCUCGCGCAGACACUUGAACCCAGGGCCACAGGCCUGCAUGCCACACAAAGACCACAGUGGCUUGCAGUGAAGGUAUUCAGUCUGUGUGACAGCCAGACGAGGGAGGGGUCAGUUGCAGGACAAAUGCACAGCACACAAGCCCUGAGGUCUUUCAGCACAGAGCUGAGCUAAUCUGAGGGGUUCAAACCGUAGCCUAAAGGGGGCAUUUCACUGGGACAUUUCUAUGUGGCUUAUAUUCAGUCUGGAACUGUGGUGCAUGUCUGCACUAACUAUAGACAAACAAGUAUUUGGAUGAAGUCUUUAAACCAUAAACGAUAAAAGUGAUCAUUGGUCUCUGGUUCAGAAUGUCAUUUUUAUAGUAAAUGUAUUUUUUAUUUCAGCAAUUUUUUUUAAUUUUUUUUGUUACGUUUUUCUAAGUUUAAGUUAACAAUAAAACAAAGACGGCAUAUAGACUCCACAGUUCUCAUGAUUCUUUGCAAGCUUUAAAAUUUGUGACUUAUAACAGCUUUACAAAAUUCUUCACAGUACUUGGUCAGUCUUUAAAAUAGUAUACAUUCCUGUUCCCAAAAACGAUAUGUAUAUUUUUAAAUCCUUUUAAUUAUAUGUCUUUUUUGUUUCUAUAGAUAUUAGUGGCUGGUGUGUUCUUUUUUGUUUAGUUUAACAUACGCCGACUUCUUUCUAACCAGCCAAUCACACGGCAGCAACUCUAAGCUUAUAUCCACGUAGAUGUGAACAAGACAAUCUGCUGCUCAAAUGUACAUGAGUUCAGUUUACCUGUCUCCAGGUUACUGGAAAACUAUACAUCAGCACACUCAAAAAAGAAAAAUUGUUGGGAAAUAUGUAUUUUAAAGGUUAAAAUAAAAUAGUUAUUUUAAAGACGCUGUUUUUGUUAGGUUAAAUGUACAAUAAACAAGCUCUUAAUGCUGCAUCAACACAGGUGUGACUCAUAAACCCAGUGCACUUGUGCACACAACAGCGCACCAGACUGCCCUUAAAAAUGCUCUGUUGUCCUCUUUGUUUGUCUUACAAAGGCCUGAAAUGUCAUCAUUUCAAUGGUGGAAAAUGGAGCUCUAACUUCCAGUGAUAAUCUUUAAUUAUUCACCUAAGAUGCCCAGGGUGCUAUACUGACACAUAAUAAAAUGGUUUCUAGAAUUCCCUCAUUCACUCCUUUUCUAAAGCAUUGCUCCUAAGGCCUUAGCCACCUUUGUCAGGGGUUUAUCUUCCACGCCACAUGAAACCAGUUUAGCCAUUAAGCAACAGCACUCAGAGAAUUCUAGACUUCUUAUCCUUCCCUUUCCCCCCAUUAUGGCAAAACCACCUCAUCGAAGGCACACUGCAAGGAAUGGGGAAUGCACUUUAUGUAAUUGGGAGAGGAAAGAACCUGCUACAUCUGUAUAGACGCAUUGAUGGAAAUACGAGUGGCCUUUAAUGCAGAUUGAAUUUUCCAUUAAUGUGUACACCUUAUGAAAGGAAAAAUGUCUAUGCCCAUUACAGACCAUUUUUAGUGCCUAACAAAUAGUGCUGUUAUUUGGCCUUUUUUUGGGGGAGGGUAUUAAUCAUAUAUUAAAGGAAGCUUGGAUGGAUACAUCGCAGAAAUUUCAAUGUGGACUUUACUUGAAAAUGUAGCUAAUUUCUUGUCUUUGCCAAUUUCCAAAUUCACCUAUAAAGGAUUUUCCACAUUAA